UGUUUGUACGUUGUAACGUCGAGCAAAGAGCACCCGUCAAGCGGCACACUGACAUGUGACAGGCAGGGAAAUCGACACGGUGAAAUCGACAUUUGUUCAGUUAUUGAUGCUUCCGAAGAACAGGUGCGAGUUUUGGGAGGAAUGUAUGUUUUUCCGUUGAAAUUGAUUUCGGAUUUGGAUUUCACGGUGAAAGUGACAACUGAAAUGGAUUAUAUUUAGAAAGUGACACGUGAUUUGAGUAUUGGAGCAGUGUGGAGUUUUAUGAACGUGGUGGAUUUUUCAUACUCACAAAAAGAACAUUGGAAUUGGAUUUAAUACGAAUAUGGACGGAUCACAUUACAAAACCUAAACCAGUGUGCAGAAACUUCAUGACAUUACAAUAGGAAUAACAGUGUACAUUUCAGUCAACGACACAAAUGGAUUUUAUGUCGUUAAAUGAAGAGGACGAUCAUGUAAAUACGCGACAUAUGAGAUCAUUAAUAGUUUCUUAGUCGAAAAUGUGUUCAUAAAUGACGUAAAAGUUUGAAAGUAUCUGGUUUUAUAUCAUAGGAAAAGUACAUACAUUUAUGUAUCAGUGUAUCCACUUACUGCAUGUUCAUUGAUUUGUAUGUUUAGCGACAUUGAUUACGUAUUGAACAGUGAAAACACGUUUGAAAAUGCCAGUGCAAAAAAAGUGACUCGGAAAUCUAUCACUUUAAAGCCAACAGAUAUGAUUAAAAAUGUCAAUAGUGCUUCACAUUCUGAUAGUAAAGGCUAUAAGUAGAGAUCUAACGAUAAAAGGAUAAACCAUAAUCGGCUUUAGGGGGGUCCUUCUCCUUGAGAUGGAUGGUAUGAAAACACACUGUGAAAUCGACAACAGUAAUAAAUCAAUUGGAACGAAAUGCAUUACAGUAUAAAAAGACUAUAACAGUUUGACGUGAUUGAAAUAUACAAUUUGUCUGUUUUAUUAAAUAUAAAAGACUUUUAAUUCUAGAAAUCAUACGUUGGAUUGAAUAGGUAUAAAUACAAGUGUUAGGGUAUAUUAAAGCAUUGUGGCGCAGCAAAGAUAUAUUAUCAAAAUGCGCAAUUAAUAGAUGGGUAAAACACGAUAAAAUAGGUGUCAUUUAGGGUUUUAGUCAUGUCACAGUUAGACGUUUACAUCGAUAAUUGAAUUUACGUCAAUGUCGUGUGCUAAGUCCUUUUGUAAGUGAAAUCCUCGAGGUAAUCCGACUGAAAUGUUUGUUUGUGCAACAAACGCGGCGCCAAAGUAUAAUGCACUUCAAGUGCCAUGUUUAUUCGACAAUCAAUUCUGCAACAGCAAUAUGGUAAUUUACAAUCGAUCUCGUCUUUAUUAGACGCAGUGUGUUGAGUAAUUUACAAAGAAACACAGGCCGAGCGUUAAAAGUCAAAGUCUAUUCAAAGCAAGACAAUAACUCUCUCAAUCUGCUCGUGAUUUAGAACAUUACUCCACAAAAAUGUCAAACCUCGACAAGCAGGGAUAAUUUAUCACAGGAUUAGUCGGUGUUCAGAUUGAACACUGUGAGGCGAAUCUGUAUGACCAUAGACGUUGCUACACUAGCAUUUCAUUUCAUUUUGACAUCAGCACUGACUGCAUUGUUCGCAGAAGGGGUGAAUAACAACGUGGCAUAUUUUUGUUAAGAGACAAAAGCGGAAAAAAUAAACAAUUGAUUAACAACGUGUUUUUGACGAAACGCCUAGGCUAUUAUAGAAAGAAAUUGACGUGCGAGCUUUAUGAGGUAUUGAAGAAUAAAUGAUUUUGAACUUAUUCGACUGUUCAUAUGUAACACCAAACUUGAACCCAUCCAUCGGCAUUGUAAUAGUGCCGCAUGCCAUUCAGUGGUGGUAUCCCUGUAUAGUGUUGGCUUGACAUUUUCAAGGUGGAUUUUGUUACACAUUACGGCAGAAAUCGACUGUAAAACAGCUCGGCCUAACAAUAUGUAUGUUUUAUCUAACAAUACCAACACAGAAAUUCCUUACAUGACAGAAUAAGUUACUGAGGGUAGAGUAGUCGACCGCUCCGUGUUGGCUGCUGCUACGAGUUGGCCAAUACAUCACGUGUAGAGACAAGUGCAGACACUGUUUUCGAGGACAUCUUGUCUUGUCCGACUGGCAUUCCUUUGUUCGUCAUUUUAAGUCCCAUCAUUGCCCAGAAACAACCACAAACGUUUUCCUGUGAACUGAAGGGCAAUUCAAACUCCCCAAGGGACAUCACUCUGAAUGGAUUUAAAACAACCGGAAGUUAUUCCCUGCCCUUGAUCUGCGUAUGCCUAAUGAACAGCGAAGUCACGUGUAGACGUUAGUCACUUCAAGGGUGUUGGUGAAAUUUGUGAUACGCAUUUUGGACCCAACGCUUGGCAUACGUGGAGUCACACCCAUUACUUCCACCGACUUGGUCGAGUCAGACAUUCUAAAGAGACAGUGACACACCACCUAUGCCACUUACUGCAGGAGCUGAUCGUGUAUUUCAAGAACAGUUUUAAAAACUUAUCAAAUCAGUAUGAAGCUGAUGGGAUUUCCGGGCGAUGCAUUCGCCAAACUGGAUAGAAAACCCAAGACCAUGAAGAAAGACCUGUCUUGUUCCUUCAAAGAAGUACAUCUUCCACCAAUAACAGACAAGCGCAAAGUAGGGCGGCGGGGAAGACAAAAGCCCAAGACAGUCAUUCGGAAAAGACUGAUGGAACGUCCAAAUCUGGACGCCAGGAAAGGCAAGAGACCCCCGUGGGCGGCAGACGGCAAGCCUCAUCACGAAGAAUAUCUCAAACGUCUCACGAGACUUCGGGAUCAGCUGGUCGACCAGGAGCAGACUAACCUCGCACAAGCCCUUGAUCGACUUCGCAUUCGUCAAAUCAGCAAAGAAGACGCCAAUUUCCGUCUCAGAUUGAAGGAUUCAGGAACAAAUCUGUAUUCCCCACGUAGGCGUGCCAUGAUCACAACUCUGGAGAAAUUUAAGAAAAUGAGACCCCAGAAAAACCCACCGACCUUGUGUCCGUUAGAAGGCAAGCAGUUGAUUGAGCCGAAAAACUCCGACACUCCACGAAUGUUCCUUCCGGAAGGUUCCGAUGACAUAUCGGUGCCCGUCAGUUCACGAGUUGAGCAGACUGUUCAGCUGAACCUUCAGAGACUCGCCCAACCCAUAUCGAGCAUUCCUAAUAUUGGAAGGAAAGCUUUGAAACGUGAAGACUUGGUUUUGCACAGUCAUGGCAUGGAGAAGAGGACGCCUAAGAACCCGAUGUUGAAGCAUACCCAUGCUCUUUCACAAGGCACGGCACUGACGCCAUUGAACAGAGCCAGACAUAUUAACGCAUUUCCUGAUUCUUUCAAACUUGAACCUCUCACUGAAGGCGAUCAGAUAGACAUGGACAAACUCAGGAAGUACUAUUACGUGUAUUAUCUCCCUUCGACUUCCGCUUCCCAAGAUGGCGACCGAUCGGUUCCCAAGACUCCGAAAAACACCGUGCGACAACGUCGAGUUCACAGCUAUAGAGAUUGUGAAAAAUCAGUAGUGUCAUCGAUCGUGUCUGUGAUUGACGAUGAAGGGUAUUCAACCAAUGGGAAGACCUCUUUACCUUAUAUAGAAUCAACCGGAAGUGGAACUCUUCACUGGCAUGAUCAUCCAAGAUUUCCGGAGGACGUUGACAUUAACAGUGUCGGCACUGCGCAUGACCCCGAUUACAUUACUGGAAGGACUUCACGCGUUCACAUUGUUGUCGACAUGCCGGAUAUAAUCUACAGCGCCCCUACCCCUGACGUCAUCGAGGGAAUGGAAAUGAAAAAGGGGGGAUCACUCUCAAAGACUUACAAACAGAAUGAAAUUCGACAAAGAGAGUUACAUAACUUGAUUGAAGAUGUCAAAGAGCUUAAUAUGAGAACCGAGACAUUGACAAGUGAAUUGUUUCAUUAACAAUACUUAUGUAUUAUAUACAUGUGACCAUAUUAUGUCCUCAUAUAUCAUUUUGUGUUAUGAUUAUGUAAAAGUAAAAGUGCAGUUCAUAUCAGAACUUAAUAAUUGUUCGAGUAAUGGGAUAUGGUAAAAUCGUUUUGAGUAAGAAUAUAUAUAGUUGAAUUUUGAUCAAAAUAAUCGAAACCUCUACCAGAAUAAUAUGUGUAGGCAUAUAGUGAAAGCCCGGAUAACUAAAUGUCUGGAUCAACGAAAAUAGGUACAAACUAAAGCAAAGUUGUCGUAAGAGGUGACUAACGGGCUGUGGUCAGGCUCACUGACUUGACAUAUCCCAAUUAUGUUAAUCGAUGGUCGAUGUCAAUCAUUGGAUUGUCUAGUUCAUACACGCUUAUUUACACACAAACCAAACUAAAACUCAUUCCAAGUUCAAUAUAAAAAGCUUGGGAAGUGGGGUUUAGGGAGUAAAGGGUUGCACUUUACUCAAGGGAGCACAGUAUUAUGUACAGUUGAUAUUGUCUUAUCACUGGUAUGUUUCAUGAUUUAAAAAGUGAAUAAAAAUAACAGUUCUAAUAGUUGAGAUAUUUCAAUUCGCUGAACAGACUUGCCUACCUUAGGCGUACCAGAAACCUAUGAUUGUGGAUUCGAAUCCCAUUAUUUUGUUUGAAGUUUGUCAUCACCACACCCGCGCUCAUGGGUUAAUCCAAUUGGUAAACACCUAAAACUCGCAUCACAACGGACUUUCCUAAUAUUAAAUUGAUGUCGUGAUAUAACUAAAAUACUGUUCAAAGCGGCGUCAAACAACACUCACUUUAUUAGUCAAAUAUUUUAUACUGGAUAACGUUUAAAAAUGAAAUUGCAAUUUUAAAAAAAAACUCAAGUUAAAACUAAAUCAUUGCAAAGCACAUCGUCCAACACAACAAUGCUCUAUGCAGAAAGUAACAGCACUUUCUUUUAGAAUGAUACGGACGACAUGUCAGACACUCACACUGAUAAAAAGAAAAACCCACCACAGAAAUGCCACGACUGACACCCGAAACAACGGAAGAUUGCCCUGGGUAUGACACAGAUGGGAGCCACCCCUGCCCACAUUGCUAGAACUUUUGAUUGCUCCCGUGUUGCUGUAACUAACCUGAUGCAACGUUUCAGACAGAUCGGACAGACAUAAGACCAAGAACACGCAGCCCCAGGGUAACUUCGCCCAAUGAAGACUGGUACUUGAGAACUUUGCAUCUACGGAUUCGAUUAAGGACACUGACGUCACCAGCGACGAAUGCCUUUAGGGCAUAUGGUUAGUCGACAGAUACUUGCAAGGCGGCUGAGGGCUCAAAGAAUUAGUGCUCACAAACAUAACAGAGGACAGUUAUUGGCAGCCCAAGAUCGUCGUCAGAGAUUGAGAUGGGCCCGGACUGUACGUCGUUGGCAGCGACAUUACUGGCAGAGGGUCGUCUUCACUAAUGAAAGCCGGUUCUGUCUGUUCACAGCUGAUGGAAGACAGCGCGUUUACCGCCGAAGGGGAGAACGAACGGUGGUAUGGUGCGUUCAGGAGGUCGUGCCGUAUGGUGGAGGGGGCGUUAUGGUGUGGGAGGAAUUUGUGGGCAGGAGAGAACACCAGUGGUCAUCGUAAACGGAAAUUUGACAACUCACAUUCUCCGUCCGAUUGUCCUACCAUUUCUACAACAGCUGCCACGUGGUGUCCUUUAUCAGCAUGGCAUAGACCCCUUACAGCCCAAAUCGCGCAGAACUUCCUUGCAGUUGUCGUAAAGGCGAUUGGAGCGCCAAGGGACCCUAGAACAGUUACCUUAGCGUAUUGCCUUUCUGUGUCUUCGUGGUCAUAGUAAGCAAUGACUCUACAACUUGCCGGAGUCCGGCGAGGGUCGCUAAGUCAAAGAGUGAAGGGUCCGACCACAGUUGCUCCUAAUUACCUAAAAACAUAAGCAUUCGUGUACCGGCGCCCGCACAUGGAAGUAUUAACACAACACAAGACUUGAAACAUUACAAAGCUUCAGUCCAUUUCUCAAUACACAACUACUUAGACAGGAAAGGCUAGGACAGGCUCAUCAAGAUGUGUAUAGCGGAUCGAGAUUCCACUCGAUCGACUGACUGUAAAACCCGCACCCCUUGCUAGUGUUGAAGGUAUCUUUUUAAGAUGUUCGAGUCUGACCCGCCUUUGUCACGUGUCCUUAUACAUCAUUCGUCAAGACAACACACCAGGCCAUGAAGACGGGAUUGUAUCGUGAUGACAAAUUACCGCGACUUGCAGGCGAUUCACCGUAUACUGAUUCCCUUAAUGAUCUCAUGAAUUAUAUAUCUCAUAAGUCCUCCUUGCUGAUUUAUUGAAUGUCAAUGUCAGCAUUGAAGUAAUCACGAAACUCACGAAACAUAAGCGGAUCCAGAGGUGGGGCGCCUGUCUUAGCACACACACCCUUUUUUCUAAAACCAAAUGUAGUAUGUUGUGGACAACCCCCCACCCCAACCCCAAUGAGAGAGGAUUUUGCUAGUGGGGACCCCUCCCUUUUGAAAAUGCUGCAUCCGCCCUUGCGAAAGUAAUGGCUAUUGUAACUGUUGAAUUUGUUAUAAAUGUCUAACGUUUUGGGGUGCAUUUUAACAACCUGUUGCCGUGGCCUGCACAUUCCCCAGACAUGUUCCCCAUAGACAUGUCCCCCAUGGCACGUGAUGGAUCGUCGUGUUGUUCGACAGUGACGACAUCCUCCAGCAACCCACCAAGAACUGAGCCAGGCCCUCCAAGGAGAAUGACGACGUAUCCCACGUGACGUCAUCAGACGAAUGACAUUUUUGUGCGCCAGAGAGUUUUUUUAGCGUGUCUUGUAGCAGAGGGUUGUCAUACACGCUGUUAAUGUUACAUGUCAUUGAACUUGAGUGAGUUUAGAUGUGUGGGCCCUUUGUCCAUUACGUUCAAAACUUGUUUUUGCUGCCCCACCUCAAUUCGGGCAACUGUCAUGCCAAUAACGGAUGCUGUAUGACUGUGAAUUUAAAUGUUGAUUUCGUUGAUAUUUUGAUCUUUUCAAUACAUCUUACUUCAUGCAUAUAUCAUUUGUAUUUU